AUGUCUUCUCAAGGAUGUGAUCAUCACGGUUAUGGCGUCCAUUUUUUCAAGAUUAUUCUUGAAAGCAACAUCCGAGAUGGAGAGCUGAGAGUACCAAGAAGUUUUGUGAGGAGACAUUGGCAAGGAAUAUCAAACCCUGUUUGUCUAAGGCUUCCAAAUAGUACUGAAUGGAAAGUUUAUUGGAUGAAACGUGACGGUGAUGUUUGGUUUCGCAAUGGUUGGAAAGAAUUUGCACAAUACUUGUCUUUGGAUGUGUCACAGUUUGUGGUGUUUCGUUAUGAAGAAAAUUCUUACUUUAAUGUGAUUAUAUUUGAUAAGAGUGCUUUAGAAAUAAAAUACCCUUCUAGAGUUGCUGAUGAAAAAAGUGAAGAGGUUAAUGAGAGUGAUUAUUCUUUGAAAAUUCUUGAGAAUUGUUCACCAUUUGAGGGUAAAAGGGAAAAAACUCCAUCACCAUCAUCUCAAACUCGUAAGAAGAUGAAAACCAACCCAAAAGAAGAACAAGGUGAUGCAGGUUUUGAUAAUGCUAAGCAUAUGAAUAGUGAGUAG